AUGGACUGGUCCAAGACCGCUUGUCUGCCUGAUCUCGUUCAUCUCGUACUCGUCCCAGAUCUUCAUCAUCUGGCCAUGGUACGGGAGCGUUCUCUCCGUCGACCUUCUCAAGCUCCUUAUCCCCUUCAACCUGCUCGUCGCCAUGGUGUUCUGGAACUACUACCUCUGCGUCAAGACGCCGCCGGGGAGCGUGCCCCUCGGAUACCUAACAACAGCUUGACCGUACGUAUCUUCGCGCGGCGUUGCAAGUUACCCGGAUGUAGCAGCAAAUUGACCCCAGACCACUGUCCGUGGAUUGCAAACUGCGUCGGCUACCACAACCACGGCCACUUCAUCCGCUUCCUGUGGUGGGUCGACUUUGCGACGACUUACCACCUUGUCAUGAUGGUCGCCAAGGUCAAGGCGAUCAUCGACAAUGUCUCUAACGAGCCCACCGCCUCGGACAUCAUCUUCCUCGUGUUCAACUUUACAGCGUGCAUCCCGGUAUGGAUGUGCGUCGGCCUGUUCAGCUGGUACCACCUGUACCUGAUCUCGAGUAACACGACGACGGUCGAGCGAUGGGAGAAGGACAAGGUGGCGACGCUUGUCCGUCGCGGAAAGAUCGAGGAGAUCACAUACCCCUACACUGUGCUCGGCAACAACCCGUUACUGUGGCUGUGGCCGCAGGAGAUGGAGGGCGACGGGCUGUCGUACGCUGUCAACCCCGAUGCCGGCGGUGAGUCUGCGCAGGAGUGGGCGUAUGCCGUCGCGCCAGACCAGGCGGUGCAGCCGGGCAAGGACUUGGAGCCCUCGGCGCAGUACUCGUGGCCCCCGCGCGAUCCGCAGUACUACCAGCAGCCGGCGCCGAUGCCGGACCAACCGUUUGUGUAUGGUGACGGGUUGAAUCCGGCCCUGAAACCGAGCAGCAUGGCGAAGCGCGCGCGCGACAGCUGCUACGUGCCGGCGUGGGACACACGGCUGGACGAGAACGGGUUCGCUGUCGACGAUGAGGACACGAGCUCCUCGUCGAGCCCCGAGCCGUACCACUCUGACUGGGAUGAGGAGGACGAUCGCCCGCUGGCGUACGCAAGUAGCCGGCGCGUGAGGCGCGGAAGCGAGGGAUGGGAGGUGCGCCCCGGACAGCAGGGGUGGAGCACUGAAGUGCCCGUGUGGGAGCGGCCGGUGUGGGAGCAGCCAGGGCGGUAUAGGACCUACGUCCCGGAGGCGGACUACGGCGAGGCGUAA